AUGGGCGACAGCGCAGACGGACUGGCCGACGCCCCUCCGCCGCCUGCGUCGUUUGUGGAGGCCGGCAGCGUGCUUGCCGUCGGCGCCGUGGGCGACGGAGUGCUGCUGGAAGACGCUCCGCCGCCGCCGCCAUCCUUCCUUGGCUCGCCGUCGGUGCUGGGAGGCGGUGGUGGGAGCGGGGUCAACUUCCUGGACGUGGGCGACAUCGAUGUCGACACCUUUGGCAUGCCCAUGCCGCCGCCGCCCGAAUGCGAGUUCAACGCAGCACCCGACGACGACGACGACCUCUCCGCAGGCAUUCCGCCCGUCUACGACGACCGCAUUGCGUCCAUCGAGGCUGCCGCAGGCUCAGACGGCCUGCUUAAGGCUGGCUGGGUCUACAAGCGCGGCGGCGGGAAGCUCCGCUCGCCGUGGCAGAAGCGCUUCCUCGUCCUCACCCUCGACUCGCUCACCUACGCGCCGAGCGAGACCAAGCCCAUCAAGGGCCGCAUCAACAUGGCCCACGUCAAGAAGGUCCGCUACUCGAACGACCCAGGUGAGAUGGGCAAGCGUUGCGGCAUUGUCGUCGUCACCCUCCCGCGCACCUACUACUUUGCGCCUGAGACGCCCGACGAGUUGAUGGAGUGGAUGCGCCUGCUGUCUCAAGCCGCAAAGCGCCACCGCUACCUCCGCAUCAAGGCUCGCUCCGAGGCCAACAACGAGGAGCUGCUUUCGGCUUCGGAGGAAGACGACGAGUCCGAGUUCUCGGCCUCGUCAGACUGGGCCGCCGAAGAGGUUAUCAAGGAAGGCAACGUGCUCAAGCGAGCACCGGUCAAGAUCAAGUGGGCCCCGUGCUGGCUCUCGCUCUCCAACAAGAAGAUCACCUACGGCUCGGCCAACAACUCGCGGGUUGCCGGCAUGAUCUACACCAAGGACAUCGAGGGCGUGCUCAAAACCAUCGGGCAGCGCGAGGUCGGCGAGCAAGCCAAUUGCCUCAGCCUCUACACGGCCGACCGGACCUACUUUUUCUCCGCCCCGUCCGAGGUCGAACUCCACAAGUGGCUCGACGUCAUUCGCAUUGCCCAAGAGCAGGCGCGUGCCGGAGCGUCCGACUCAAUCGCCGACGCUGGCGCCGCGUCGUCGGCUACCCCCGCCCCGGCCGGCUCUUCGCCACCCAAGAGUGGCUCGGGCGCCUCGCUGGCGGCGGCCGGCUCGUCUGGCUCGCUGGUCACCGGCGAUGAGGACGAGGAUGAGGACGACGAUGGCGAGAUUGUGCUCGAGGGCCUGCUGGUCAAGCGCGGCGGCCGCCGCUCGUCGUGGCGGACCCGCUGGUUCACCGUCUCGCGCCAGAAGCUCACGUACUCGGCGUCCAAGGAGAAAGGCCUUAAGGGCGAGUUUCUCAUCCGCGACAUCAAGACCGUCCUCCGCGACAUCCCACUCAAGGUCAAGCGCGAGCUCGACAAGACCUCGCGUGUCGGCAUCACCGUCGCCACCGUCGAUCGCACCUACUACCUGGCCUCCGACGACGAGCGCACCCUCGACGCCUGGUACCGUGUCCUCCAUCGGCUCCAUCGCGACCGUAAGAAGGGUCGCAAGCGCCCUCUCGACUUUUACCGCCAGCUCGGUACCAGUGCCGAAGUCGAUGUCGACACGCUCAACUCGGCCGAUCGCGCCGCUUUGGGCUCAGCCGAGCUUGACGUGUCAACAUCGGCCUCGGCCUCACCGGCCGCCGGCAACGACGAACCGCCGCCGGUUAAGGUCGACACCGCCGCCACUCCCGGUGCUGCUUCGGACGGCGGUGACGCCGACGAAAGCGCCAGUGAUGCAGAUGCGCCCGCCGAGAGUGACCGCAAUGGAAACGAUGACGCACCAGCUGUCCAAGUGGACAAGGGUGACGGCGGGGGAACCGGUGAGGCUGCCGACGGCGCGGCCGACGACGGCAACGGCAACAACGCUGCUGCCAGUGACGACAGCGAGUCUUCUAGCACCGACCUAGUUUGA